AUGCCAGUCCUCAAAAAUUUCAACCUCCAGAUUCCUGCUGGGCGAACUAUUGCUUUGGUUGGGUCCAGUGGCAGCGGCAAGUCAACAGCAAUAGCUUUUGUGCAGCACUUCUAUGAUGCCAGUGAAGGAACUGUCAAAAUUGAUGGUUUUGACAUUAAAGGACUCCAGCUCAAAUGGAUCAGGAGCAAAAUGGGGCUAGUGAGCCAGGAUCAUGCAUUGUUUUGUACUUCAAUAAAAGAGAACAUCUUGUUUGGCAAACCAGAUGGGACCAUGGAUGAGGUUUAUGCAGCAGCUAUGACAGCAAAUGCUCACAACUUCAUAAGGGGGCUUCCAGAGGAAUAUGAGACUAAGAUUGGUGAGCGUGGAGCAUUGUUAUCAGGUGGCCAAAAGCAGUGUAUUGCCAUUGCAAGGGCGAUAAUUAAGAACCCUGCUAUACUCUUGCUCGAUGAAGCCACAAGUGCACUUGAUUCAGAAUCAGAAAACUUGGUACAGCAUGCACUUGAUCAAGCAUCCACGGCACGAACAACACUGGUGGUAGCUCAUAAGCUCUCAACUGUGAAGAACGCUGAUCAGAUCGCAGUAGUUGAUGGGGGUACAAUCGCUGAAAUUGGUACACAUGAUGAACUGAUCAGCAAGGGUGGCCCGUACUCGAGACUUGUGAAAUUGCAGAUGGUAAGCUACAUUGAUCAAGAAAAUGAACAAUUUAGGGCUUCCUCAGUGGCCAGGACAAGUACCAGCCGUCACAGCAUGUCCACAGCAAGUCCAAUGCCACUAACACCAGCUAUCUUAAAGGAAAAUAAUUCUGAUGUUCCUCCACCUGCACCAUCUUUCUCCAGGCUUCUUGCAAUGAACGCACCUGAGUGGAGGCAGGCAGUCUUAGGCAGUUUAUCUGCAUUGGUAUAUGGUUCAUUGCAGCCCAUCUAUGCCAUAACCAUCGGAGGAAUGAUUGCUGUUUUCUUUGUUCAGGACCAAAAUGAGAUGAAUGCAAAUAUCAAACGCUAUGCCUUGAUCUUCUGCUCACUGUCCUUGGUAUCCAUUGUUGUGAAUCUAUUGCAACACUACAAUUUUGCAUACAUGGGGGGGGCAUCUUAUAGAAUAUCCUUACUGCUUCAAACAGCUUCCGGAAUUAUAAUUGCGGUGACAAUGGGCCUGAUUGUAGCUUGGAAACUUGCUCUUGUCAUGAUAGCUGUACAUCCAUCUACAAUGAUAUGCUAUUAUGCAAAAAAAGUGGUUCUCUCAAAUGUGUCAAGGGACUUGGCAAAGGCUCAGCAUCAAAGCACCCAGAUUGCCAUAGAAGCUGUUUACAACCACAGGAUGGUAACUUCCUUUGGAUGCUCAUCGAAGGUUCUUCAGCUAUUCGAGCAUGCACAAGAGGAACCCUUGAAAAAAGCAAGGAAGAAAUCAUGGGUAGCAGGGAUAACCACAGGGUUGUCACCUUGCCUCUCGUUCUUGUCAUGGGCACUGGCCUUCUGGUAUGGCGGGAAGCUGGCACAGUCUGGGGAGAUAUCAGCGGGUGAUGUUUUCAAAACCUUUUUCGUGCUGGUGAGCACAGGAAAGCUGAUUGCUGAUGCUGGUAGCAUGACAUCUGACCUGGCAAAGGGAGCAAAUGCAGUUGCUUCAGUAUUUGAGGUGCUAGAUAGGAAAUCCAUCUCUCCAAAAAAUUCACAGGUGGAGAAGGAAGAUCAGAAGAAGAAAAUAGAAGGUAGAAUAGAAUUCAUGGAGGUAGGUUUUGCAUAUCCAACAAGACCAGAAUGCCUUAUCCUACAGGAUUUUAGCUUGGACGUGAAAGAAGGAACGAGUGUUGGCCUGGUUGGGAGAAGCGGUUGUGGUAAAUCAACUAUCAUAGGUUUGAUCCAGAGGUUCUACGAUGUUGAUAGGGGGGCCGUAAGAAUUGAUGGUAUGGAUGUGAGGGAGAUGAAUAUUCUCUGGUUCCGAGGAUUUACAGCUCUUGUUAGUCAGGAGCCUGCAAUGUUUUCGGGCAGUGUCAGGGACAACAUUGCUUUUGGUAAACCAGAAGCUGAUGAAGAUGAGAUUGUGGAAGCUGCAAACGCACAUGAGUUCAUCUCAUCCUUGGAGGAUGGAUACGAUACUGAUUGCGGAGAGCAUGGUAUACAGCUCUCAGGGGGACAGAAGCAAAGAAUUGCAAUUGCAAGGGCAAUAAUCCGGAAUCCAGCAAUACUACUACUUGAUGAAGCAACAAGUGCGCUUGAUGCGCAGUCAGAGCAAGUGGUGCAGGAAGCUCUUGAUCGAAUAACGUCAGGGAGGACCACAAUUGUGGUGGCACAUCGACUAAACACGAUCAAGAAUGUAGACUCGAUUGCUUUCCUGGGAGAGGGUACAGUGGUGGAGCGUGGCUCUUACCCGGAGCUCAUGAACAAGAAGGGAGCAUUCUACAACCUCGCAACUGUUCAGAAGUAA